AUGUUUUUCCAUUUAAAUUUUCAGGAGGAAGAAGAAAGAAAGAAAAUAUUAAAUGCAAAACGUUUAGUAAUCGCUACAAAAAUAUGGCAGGAAAUAACAACUUCAGCUUUACGUUCACGACUUUAUAAAGGAGUUUUGGAAUUUAUUAGACAAAUUGAUGAUGAAUUACACAAAUCAAUUUGUGUGGAAGGUUAUACAACAGAAUUUAUUGCUGGAUUUUCUAAAUUGCUUAAUCAUUCAACUGAAUUUGUUGAAUUUAUUUGUGGAGAAAAACUAAAUCUGGAUGAAAAUGAAAGAAAAAAUCGUUGGAAUCAAUUCGCUGAAAGUUUAAAAUCAAAUGUUGAUUUUGAUGUUUUGGUAGAUCCUUUAUUGAAGCGUAUUCAAUCUGAUACUGUUGAUACAAAAAGAGCAACAAAAAUUCUUUUACGUUCAAUCCCAGUUUUAAAUAUGAAUGGUUAUGAACAUAUUCUCUUUUCUGUAACGAAAUGUGACUUUCAAAAUGCCGUAAAUUUUGUUCAAAGAAUUUAUCCAAAUUUCUUUAGAGAAUAUGAAUAUAUAAAAUCGUCAGCUUCUAAUCGUCACAAUUAUUUUUAUGUUGUUAGACAAAAUGAUGAUAUUUCUGCAAUUAUUGAAAUGGCUAUGAAAAAUGAUGUUCCUCCUCCUAAUGCAAAUAUUUUUAAUGCUCGACUUGGAAAUAUUCCUCAAAUACAUGUUAGGGCUUGUACUAUAGAUACUUGUCAAGAAUUUCCACUUAAUCUUCGUCCUUAUCAAAAGGAAUUAGUGACUGAAGCCGUAGCUGGCAAAAAUGUAAUAAUUUGUGCACCAACAGGUUCUGGAAAAACAAUUGUUGGAGCUUAUAUAAUUCGAGAACAUUUAUUUAAAGCUUUACAAAAACAACAAAGAGCAAAGGCUUGUUUUGUUGUUCCAACAGCUUCUUUAGUUACUCAACAAAAACGUCUUUUUUCUAAAUAUAUUGGACACUUUGCAAAGGUUCGAGGUCUUUCUGGGUUGGGGAAAGCAAUGUCAUUAAAUAAUCCAAUUAAAAUGGUUAUUGAAUAUGCUGAUGUUAUUGUUAUCACACCGCAACUUUUAAUUAACGAAUUAGAACGUGUAAGUACAGAAAUCGACGAACCUUCAUUUGUUCCUUUUACUUUGGAUGUUUUUUCUCUUAUAAUUUUUGAUGAAACUCAUCAUUCGAAAGAUGAUCAUCCAUAUAAUGUUUUAAUGAAAACUUAUCAUGAAAUGAAAUUAACUGGAUCAUAUAAGGAUAGAUUACCACAGAUAAUUGGAAUGACAGCUUCUCUAGGUAUUGGAGGCUCUGUUUCAAAAAAUUUGGAUGAAGCUGUUCGUUAUACUUUAGAAAUUUGUGCAAAUAUGGAUGCUCAAUGGAUUUCUUGUAUUCGUAAAUAUCAGGAUAGUUUACGUUCAUUUAUGCCUAUUGUGUCUGAAGAAGUUAAAUUUGUCCAGCAAGCAAGUGAUUGUGGAUUUUUGUGGGCAUUGACUACACAAAUUGAAAAAAUUAAGAAUUUUAUGAAUGACAUUCCUGAAGCAAAUCAAAAAGAAGUUUCACUUCCUCUAAAUGACUCAAAUUCACGUGAUCCUUUAGUGCAAGGAUUUGAAGCUUGGUUGGGGACAUUAAAACAAAAUUUUAUAAAAACAACUUCAACACUUUCUGACCAAUCACGUGCUCGUUUAAUGUUUUGUGUUGAACAAUUGUUAAUUUUUUAUAAUGCAAUAAUUUGGUUAAAGUUGUUUGGAGUUAAAGUUUCUUUUAAUUAUAUACAAAAAAAUGAAGUGGAUAAAUUAAUUUGUAAAUUUGCAAUAGAAUCUAAAAUAAAUGUUGAAUUAAAUAAUUGGAUUAAUUCUUUACAAGAAAUUGUUAAUAAAAAAGGAAUGGAUAAACAAAAUAGUGCUUUAUUGGAUAAAUUAAUUUUAAUUUUAAAUGAACAAUUCCAAACUGAUAGUAACAGUCGUGUACUUAUUUUUUGCCAACAAAGAGAUCAUUGCGAAAAACUUUCAACACUUUUAAAUGAACAAACAAAGUAUAGAACUGACUUUUUUACAGGUCAAGCAAGUCGUGAAGAAGGAGGUCAAAAUGCCCGAAUGCAAAAGGCUAAAUUGGAUGACUUUUCUAAAGGUGAAAUAAAAAUUCUUUGUGCAACAACGGUUGCUGAAGAAGGAAUUGACAUUUCUGCUUGUAAUUUAAUUGUUCAAUAUAAUUAUGUAACUAAUGAAAUUGCUAGAGUUCAAAGAAGGGGUCGUUGUAGAGCUAAAGGUGCUCGAGCAUUAUUAUUAACUUGUGAAAUUAAUAUAAAAGAAAAAGAAGAACAAAAUGCUCUACGUGAACGUUUAAUGCAUUCUGCAUUGGAAGAAUUGUCAAGAUGGUCGCCAACAACUUUUAAAUUGAGGGUUGAAGAUUUAGUUCAAGAAUUAAAUAAAAAAAGAAAGGAAAGUGAGGCACUUGAAAUGGAAAAAAGAAUUGAAAGGCGUAAACAGGACAAUUUAUUUAAAAUUGUUUGUAGUUCUUGUAGUAAAUUUCUUGGAUUGUCAACAAAAAUAGUUUUGGUUGGUUCAAUGUAUGUAAUUGUUGAUAAAGAAUUUUGGAGACGAACAAAAGGUUGUGCUUCUGAAUUACCUCCAGAAAAGGCACAGGGAAGGGAAUGUAAAGGAAGUAUGCCACACAUUGGAGAGCAUCGAUGUUCCUGUAACCAAAAAUUGGGUCGAAUAAUUCAAUAUAGAGGUGGAAUAAUUCUUCCAAAUUUGAAUGUUGACAGAAUAGUAUUUAUUCGAUGUACUUCUGAUGGAAAUGAAAUAAUUAAAGAUGAAAGAGUUAAAGAAAGAAAAUGGGGAAAAGUUUCCCAAAAUUUGUUUUUAAUUGAUAAAGCAACAACUUUACAAUUAGUAGAGAUGAAGGAUGCACCUGAUAAACCGGAAUCUUUGCUGAGAACAGAUUUGUUAGAAUAG